AGAUUCCCACAAGAUCAGAAAACCGCCAGUUGCACCGCCACCGCAGCAGCUGCAGCCUCGACCACCAUAAAUUUUGCUUCGCCAGCGAAUUCAUUUUUGUCGUCUUUGACCGGUGACACAGAAAGCUUACAGCCCUCGAUGUCGUCGGGCUUUCAGAUCACCAACCUUUCACAGGUGUCGUCCGCCGGCCGGCCGCCUCUCUCUACGUCGUCGUUUAAGCGCAAGUGCAGCUCGAUGGAUGACGUAAAUAUUAAGUGUGGUGGUGGGUCGUCCGGCAGUCGUUGCCAUUGUCCCAAGAAAAGGAAAUCAAGGGUGAAGAGAGUGGUUAGAAUCCCCGCGAUAAGCAUGAAGACGUCGGAUAUUCCAUCGGACGACUACUCAUGGAGAAAGUACGGGCAGAAGCCCAUCAAGGGUUCCCCUCAUCCUAGGGGAUAUUACAAGUGUAGCAGCGUUAGAGGAUGCCCGGCUCGUAAACAUGUGGAAAGGGCAUUGGAUGAUCCGACGAUGCUAAUUGUUACUUACGAAGGAGAGCAUAAUCAUGUACAGUUGAGUGCACAAACACCGGCAGCUAUCAUCAUGGAAUCAUCUUGAUCGAAGAACGACAUAUUGUUCGACGGUAGAGAUGUUGCAAAGAAAAUGAACAGAAGAUGGCAAACGUUGGAUGCUCUCUCCUUUAGCAACUCCCUAGACAAAAUGUGUUUUAUCAUUGUCCCUAUUUGGCAGUUGAAAAAACUUUGAUUCUGUGUAGAAAAAAGAGAGAGAGAGUAAAUUCCGGAUUUGGUGGGAAUUGAAUCAUGCAACUAGUGGGGUUUUUUCAACUCUCUCUCUCUCUCUCUCUAAUAUAUUGCAAUUGAGGUUCCAAACUUUAGCAUUUACCCAACCUUUUGCUUUUGUAGCAUUUUGGUCUAUAGCAUUAAAAUGUGAAAAUUUUAAAGGAUUAUGUUA